CGAAGAAGGGAAGAGAACGCCCAAGGAGGCGAAGAGGAGAGAGAGAGAGAGAGAGAGAGAGAGAGAGAAAGCCCGAGAGAUCCGCGAACGCACGGUCGCCGGAGAAACUGCGGGAGCCCAGUCGAUGGCGUCAUCGGACACCGGCCGCACGCCGGCGCAAGGCGCGGAAGCCGCCUCCGCCUCCGCCUCCCCCAGGCCUCUCCGCAAGCUCCAGAGCUUUGCGCCAGGGCUGUGGUCACAGUACAAAGCCUACGAGGAUGUGUUUGUCGAGAGGGCUAAAGUUACUAUUUCGGAUGCACUGGUUCUUGCGAGCAAGCAUCAAGCGGAGGCAAUUGGAUGUGCCACUGUCGCAGGGUUCAUCUUGUUCAGAGGCCCUCGGAGAUUUUUAUACCGCAAUACUCUGGGUCGUUUUAAAACUGAGAAGGAUUUACUGAAUGAUGUUGAACAAAGUAUGAUCGAAUACAAAACAUCUAUUGAGAGCUUGAGAAAGGAUUCCAAAUACACCCUGGACAAAGUAGUCAUUGGUGAAAGUGAUCUGCAGCGUGGCCGAACUGAUUUGAGAUCUACUGGUAAGCAAAUCCAGUCCGUUAUAAGAUCUAUUUACAAAGCAGAAUCCACAGCUGCAGGUUUGAUGGAUCAACUAAGAAUUAUUCCUACAAGACAGUCUCUUGAAUUGCGAGCAGAGGUGGCUUCCAUGGCCUCUGGUUUGAAAAACCGGAGACAUGUCCUGGAAGAAAGGGUGAACCGUAUAUCUGAAUACGGUGUCCGCGUCUGAAUUUCGGCAUAGAACCGCUCCUGGGCCCCUCCAUGGAAUAAACUCAAUUCACUAAGAGACAUGCCACUGAUUAGACAAGCAACAUCUUCUAUGGAUUAUAACCUUGUUUCUGUUGGCAUUUGAAUACGGGGUGAUCAAGAUUACUCGCACAACCAUCGUUAACUCCCCCAUUUACUAUUGCUUGUGUUGAGCAUUGUUCACUAUUGCGUCUUCCAUCUGCACACAUAAGAAAGGCUUAAGCUAUGUGCUUCGUCA